GUCGAACCAGCACACAUAACCUGAAGGCCGAAAUCGGACUCAGACGUCGAGUUAAUACCCGUUGACCGACCUGGCCUUGAGUGACUCUUCAUCUCAACCAGAACGGAUGCAAACAUUCUAUAUAAGAGAUUAAGCACUGCUAGAAACUGUACAACCGUGAAGCUGGGGUCCGCGCGACCCUGCUUGGAACUCGUCCUUUGCAUCGACGCGUGGGGCCCGGCGUGGAGCGCCAUAAAGCCGGGACCGUCUUGCAUCAACAACGCUUCGCAGGCAGGCCAGCACGCGUGCUGAAAGCCGCCCGCUAGUCGUCAGGUAUAGCCACGCAAACAGGUUCCGACGCUUCCGCCGUCUCAGCCACCGCCAAGGCCACCGCCUGAGCAGCGCUGUGCCAGCACAGCGCAAGUCAGGACCGGUGACUACGCGCGGUAGGCUUGUGGAGGGAAGCCCUAGGCCGGCCGGGGCUGUGGCCUACCUGCACUGCCGCUGCCGGGCAUGAAGAAGCGGCCGCUGUGGGAGGAGCUGGGGCUGCCCCCGCCCGCCAAGAAGCCAGCAGCCAAGGCAGCGACUGCAAAUCCAGAGCGGGAGGAGGCGGCCACUGCACAGCUAAGAACCAACUGCACGCGCACGAUAAAAACGGCGCUAUGCAGUGAAACAGCUCACCAGACACAGGAUACUGACGCAGCGGGUGUUGAGGCGACUGGUGGGGAAGACGAAGGUGACACUCCAGAUGUGACAGGUUUGGCCGAGGAUAUUGAGGCUGCGCUCUUCCACCACCACGGGUCAAAGCCGGGGCCGGAGUACAAGGCCGCUGCACGGCUGCUGGUAGCCAGCCUCAAGCGCAACGCUGACCUGCGUGGGCAAGUGGUGAGCGGCGCAGUGGACCCUGCUGCCCUGGUUGCAAUGGACUCGCGACAGCUGGCCACGUCUCAACAGCAGCAGGAGUUCGCACACCUGAAAGACAAGGCCCUACAACGGGUGACUGUAGUGGGCAGCGGCGCUUCAGGAACGCUCACCACAGAGUAUGCCUGCAAGAAGUGCGGUGGCAACAACUGCAAUUACAUCGAAUCGGGCCGGAGAGACAUUGGGAAGAGUGAAACGUGGGGCAGCAAGGAGGGAGCCACUACCAACCGCGUGGUGACCUGCCUGGGCUGUGGACACCGGUGGGAGGUUGGCUUGUUUGAGUGAGGUGCACAAGCCCGGCUAAGCCAGCAAAUCUGUUGGAGCCUAGUCCUUCCCUUUGAUAAGUCCCAAGAUUGCAUGGAACCUCUGCCUGGCUUGUGAUAUGCGGGUUGCGUAACCAUGACUGAGGCAGCAGCGGAGUCCAGCCGGCGGAGGCACAGGGCAUGACAGAGCUGCGGCGCCCAGCGCAGCGGCGGGGGGCCUGGAGCGGUGUGCAUGUGCAGAGCAGGAGGGGUGGGACGGGUAACGUGGAGUGAAGUCGGAUCAAGUACAGGGGCAAGGGUGGAGGAGGAGGAACAGGUUACAGAGCAGCCUAACGGCCCCGAAUCGGGGCAAGCGCGUCGGCUGAGGCUUACUACGGUAUUGCUUGGUCUAGUGGCCCGCGGUUGAGCAGAGCAUCUGAUGGUUGCAUCAAGAUUGUGGUGACUGCAGCUCGGCUGCUGUUUGGAUUUGCAAUGUGCGGCCACUGUGGAUGCGCACACACGGCGGUCGAUCACUAGGCAAUCCGAGCCUUGUAAUGAAUGUGAUGG